UAUUACUUGCGACAACGACAAUCCAACAACUUCAAGAUGUCGUUCUUUAGCACUCCCCGUAAGUUUCCUCGAAAGGCUGGGAUGCAAACCCCAUCCCCAGCAGAAUUUCCCAUCCCGCAGGCAAAUGUAAAAUGGGAACAAGAGCACGAGGAUAUCCUGGUGCAUAUUCUUUGCAACUGCCAAGAUGAAAGAGUUCGCCCGCCCUUUGGGAAGCAUGUGGUGGGCAUCAUGAACAAGUUAAACAAACGACUUAAGGAUGGCACAGCCUACACACAAAAACAAGUUGAGGCCAAAAUUAAGCAUCUUAAAGAGCAGUGGGUGAACUUCUCAGAACUUGUCCGAGAUAAGGCAGGUACCGGCUGUGGGUGGGAUGAUGAUUUGGGGACUGUCACGGGAACUCCAGAACAAUGGGAACACCUCCGACUGAUAAAGAGCCUGAAUAAGUACUACAAAUUCCGAAAUGGCCCCCCGGUGAACUUCAAGCACCUAUGCUACAUCUUUGAGGGCUCAACAUCCACUGGAAAGUGGAGGUAUGCCAGCACACAAUCACCCCUGGGCAGCGAUUGUGAAGAUAAUGACAUCCAUCUCAACAACCUUGUGGCGAUCAUAGACCUGACGGAGCCCCAGUGUGCGUCAACUCACAAGGCAAAGGGAAAAGGAAAAGGGAAGUUGAAGAGGGAAGGUUCUCACUUGCAGGGAUUGCACUCUAGCAAGCGUUCAUCCAUGGGUGAGCAAAUUUACUCGGAGAUGCACAAGUCCUUUGACAUCUUGAGAUCAGAUUAUUUACAGAGGUGCAAGCUUAGUGAUGGCCAUUCACCCGGCGAUGGUAUGUCUUAUAAGCCCCCUCCCAGCUAGUAUCCUAAGGAAGACAUCAUGGACCGUAUCAAUAUGUUGGCAGCUGAAAUGUCAUUGCCCACGAAAAAAUAUGUCAAAGCAUGCAGGGCAUUCAACGAUCCGACUUGGGCAAGGAUAUUGUUGAAAAUGAAUGACGACGGUGUACAUCAUUGGCUAGACGAUAUUGAUCCAGACAAAGACAAUUGAAGCUUAUGUUUUAUGUUAAUAUUUUCAGUUGUAUUUUAUGGUUGUUUCCAUUGACUAUUUUUCUCUUCUAACCGCUUAAGUUAGUUUGAUUGCAUUAUGUCAGGCACAAUUUGAUACUAUAUUAUGGAUGCUUAUUAUGGAGUAGGGGAACAUUUUUAACACUAAUGCUUAA